AUUGGCGGAUUCUCCUGUCAGUCAGCCUCGGAACUCCUCAGAGGGACGAACGCCGGCGGUGGCCUCAGAGCCGCGGGAUUCUGGACCAUGAGUGCAGGCGAAACCUUCAGGACCAGCGAGGCUUUCUAGGCUCAGCCCGUGAGACCCCAUAUCCCCUAAAUUAGAUUCGGACCCCCUCAGCGUGACACGCGCGCGCGCGCUCACACGCACACACCCGGUCACCUCAGCUUCUCGGGAACUCCAAACGCCCUUUGGCUGAGUGAGGUCCCAAAUGCACUUGUGCGGAACCAACCCAGCCUCUGCCUGAGGAACCUGGGUAGCUCGCCUCAGAGAGACUAAGUUUCCAGACAGGAAACCUGGACUCUCAGCGUAGAGACUCUCCUAAGCCCCAAAGACCCCAGACGCCCUCGGUCUCGAGGACCUGUCUGUCACUCCAGAUUGGCUUCCAGAGAUCCUAAAUGCUCUCGUCCCGCAGGACCCUAAAUACCUCCGACGUGACAAAUCCCAACUCUUCGUGACAUAAUCGUCAAAUCUCGUCAGACUGCGAGUCUCCAAACCUUAUUUCACAGCCUGAAAGACUCCUCUAGCCUACGAACCCAAUUCCUUCAAUCUGAUGCACCCCACUCCUCAGCCCGAGGUCCCCAAAGUUAAAAUCUCAGCCAGAGCGUUCCUACAUUUUCACCAGAGGGACUUCAAUCCCUUGUACUCGGGAUUCCCGAAUCCAUUUACCUGAAAACAUCUUUCAGACCCUGGCUGACUCCUUGGUCCAGAUGAAGAGCAAGUGGGAAUGGGGUGGGGGGGGACACCGGUUGGCGGGAGGAAUCUUCCUUCCUUGCUGUCGCAGGUCCUGACCCGGACGGAGGGUCGGUGCCUAGGUUUAGGGCUCAGUCCAGAAUCCUUGCUCCUGCACCAGAGUACUAGACCUCGGAGUCCGAAGAAGCUGCCUGUGUUGGCUGCAUGGAUUCCCAGCCCCUAGCUCCUUCCCAUGUGCUGGUGGGCAUCUCUGAUCGCCUAAGGCCCUUAGUUACCUCUUCAUCCAUAGGACCAUAGGACCCUGGACCUCUCCAGUGAAAUGUCCUGCACCAUGAACACCAACAAGCUGGAAGAAAAUAGUCCUGAAGAAGAUACAGGGAAAUUCGAGUGGAAACCCAAGGUCAAAGAUGAAUUCAAAGACAUUUCCAUAUACUUCUCCAAAGAAGAAUGGGCAGAGAUGGGAGAGUGGGAGAAAAUUCGCUAUAGAAAUGUGAAAAGGAACUAUAAAAUGCUGAUUUCAAUAGGUCUCAGAGCCCCUAGACCAGCUUUCAUGUGUUACCAAAGGCAAGCAAUGAAACCCCAAAUAAAUGACAGUGAGGAUUCUGAUGAAGAGUGGACACCUAAGCAACAAGUCAGUCCUCCUUGGGUGCCUUUCCGGGUGAAGCACAGUAAACAGCAGAAGGUAAGUGCUUUCCAAAUCCUACAGACAAGGAAACCUUCCUCAUAGAUCCAAACACAGGUAAGGAAAGGAGAAGGCUUAGAGUACCCUGGGAAUUGCUACCUUCCCGGUCUCAUCUACACAGUGUCUCUCAGCCUCCCGGUCAUUUGAAUUAAUAAGAACAUCACUCACUUGAGUGUUCCUACCUCAGUUUUUUUCUGCUAUGUGAAAGUGAGAAAUUCACUAAUGUACUCUAAGGAUAGUUUACAAAUACAGAGGAUUUUACUUUGAAUGGCACACAUAAAGGAGAUAUGAUCCUCUCCUUCAUAAAGACUCACUCUGAUAAGAAACAGCAACUCUCGUCACUUAGAAGAUUCAAGUUUAAUAGCAAGGGAUCCACAAAUGAGACAUGACUUAAUCAGGCAUGGUAGUGCUUGCCUGUAAUUACAUGAGAAGCAGAGUCCCAAGGAAUACUGUGAGUUUGAGGCCAGCCUAGUCUACUUAAGGAGUUCCAGGUCUACCACAGGUAUACAAUGAUAUAAUGAGUUUUGGAAUGGGAAAAAGAAAAGGAUGUAAGCGUUCAUAUAGGCAAAUAAUUUCCAUAGAAAUAUCAUCUGUCGGAAAGACUGAGAGAAGCUAGUAAUCUCACACUAGUAUUAUAUUCAGUUGUGGGUAUUCUAAAUAGAAUUAUUAUGUCUGGGUGGUUGGAGAGAGGGCUCAGUGGUUAAUAGCAUUUCUUGUUCUUCCAAAGGUCCUGAGCUGUACAGUUCAAAACUACCCUUUAACUCCAACUCCAAGAGAUUGAAUGCCCUUGUCUUACUCUGACAGAACCUGUGCACCACCCCCUCACACACACAAAUAGAAAUGAAAAUAAAUCUUUUAAAAAUGAACAAUUAGCAUGUAUACAAACUUAUGAGUGAAAAAAUUAUUGAAUUUUUCUGGAAAAUUAGUACAAGAAUUAAUCUAAUUCCAGAGUCAUCCUAAGCAUUAUGCUCAGAUCUGUAGUUUGAGCACUUGAAAGGCUGAGGUAGGAGGAAUCCUGUGAGUUUGAGGCCAGCCUCUAUCAUGAGACCCCCAUCUCAAACAAGCAACCUAAUUCUAGAAUCAACUAUUUCCAGAAUGCCAAUUUACAAUUUUAUCAUUACUUCGUUAGUUGUAGAGGUACAUUUCUGCCGCCAUCUCUUCAUUUUCUUCCCAGAGACACUGCUCUGCUCUCACUUCCCUUUACAGAUGUGUUUUAUCAACUUUGUUUUCUACAUUUCUCAUCUGAUCAAUAUUUCCUACUUUACGGAUAUACCCUCUUUCUCUCUGUAAGCCCUAUCUUCUUCAUUGCAAACUUUGUUGACCUUCCAGCUAGCCUUCCCAAGUAUCUACCUUCCUCAAGCCUGAAAGAAGCCUGAAGGGAGAAAGCCUAGCAGAUGGCCUCUUGCCCUGGAUUCAUUUAAGUUCUUCCUUGUCUCUUCCUUAUUCAGAUACUCUACACAUUAACUAAAGUCACAGGAAUCAUCUAGAAUGCCAUUUAGUGGUGAAUCUAAUGUGAAGGAAGGGUCUGGAAUAGAAAAUUUGCUGAAUACAAGUGGCUCAGAACACGUCCAGAAACCAGUGUCCUCCCUUGAAGAAGGAAAUACCUCUGGACAGCACUCUGGGAAAAAACUGAAACUUAGGAAAAAGAACGUUGAAGUGAAAAUGUACAGGCUGCGAGAGAGAAAGGGCCUUGCCUAUGAGGAGGUCAGCGAGCCUCAGGAUGAUGACUAUCUCUAUUGUGAGAAGUGCCAGAAUUUCUUCAUCGACAGUUGUCCCAACCAUGGGCCUCCUUUAUUUGUAAAAGACAGUAUGGUGGACAGGGGGCAUCCCAACCACUCAGUCCUCAGUCUGCCCCCUGGGCUAAGAAUUAGUCCAUCGGGCAUCCCUGAAGCUGGACUUGGAGUAUGGAAUGAAGCAUCUGAUCUACCAGUCGGUCUGCACUUUGGCCCCUAUGAGGGUCAGAUCACAGAGGAUGAAGAGGCAGCCAACAGUGGUUACUCCUGGCUGAUUACCAAGGGAAGAAACUGCUAUGAGUAUGUGGAUGGACAGGACGAGUCCCAAGCCAACUGGAUGAGGUAUGUGAACUGUGCCCGGGAUGAUGAAGAGCAGAACCUGGUAGCCUUUCAAUAUCACAGGAAAAUCUUCUAUCGAACCUGCCGGGUUAUCAGACCAGGUUGUGAGCUUCUGGUCUGGUAUGGGGAUGAGUACGGCCAGGAACUGGGCAUUAAGUGGGGAAGCAAGAUGAAGAAAGGAUUCACAGCAGGAAGAGAACUAAGGACAGAAAUUCAUCCUUGUCUUUUGUGCUCUUUGGCCUUCUCAAGUCAGAAAUUCCUCACUCAACAUAUGGAAUGGAAUCAUCGCACUGAAAUCUUCCCAGGAACAUCUGCAAGAAUAAAUCCUAAACCAGGAGAUCCCUGUUCAGAUCAGCUUCAGGAACAACAUGUUGAUUCACAGAACAAAAAUGACAAGGCCAGCAAUGAAGUAAAAAGAAAAUCCAAACCCAGGCAGAGGAUUUCAACAACCUUUCCCAGCACACUCAAAGAACAAAUGAGAUCUGAGGAAAGUAAGAGAACUGUGGAAGAGCUCAGAACAGGCCAGACAACAAAUACAGAGGACACAGUCAAAUCAUUUAUUGCAUCAGAAAUCUCAAGUAUUGAAAGACAAUGUGGGCAAUAUUUCAGUGAUAAGUCAAAUGUCAAUGAGCACCAGAAGACACACACAGGGGAGAAGCCCUAUGUUUGCAGGGAGUGUGGGCGGGGCUUUACACAGAACUCACACCUCAUCCAGCACCAGAGGACACACACAGGGGAGAAGCCCUAUGUUUGCAGGGAGUGUGGGCGGGGCUUUACACAGAAGUCAGACCUCAUCAAGCACCAGAGGACACACACAGGGGAGAAGCCCUAUGUUUGCAGGGAGUGUGGGCGGGGCUUUACACAGAAGUCAGACCUCAUCAAGCACCAGAGGACACACACAGGGGAGAAGCCCUAUGUUUGCAGGGAGUGUGGGCGGGGCUUUACACAGAAGUCAGUCCUCAUCAAGCACCAGAGGACACACACAGGGGAGAAGCCCUAUGUUUGCAGGGAGUGUGGGCGGGGCUUUACACAGAAGUCAGUCCUCAUCAAGCACCAGAGGACACACACAGGGGAGAAGCCCUAUGUUUGCAGGGAGUGUGGGCGGGGCUUUACAGCGAAGUCAGUCCUCAUCCAGCACCAGAGGACACACACAGGGGAGAAGCCCUAUGUUUGCAGGGAGUGUGGGCGGGGCUUUACAGCGAAGUCAAACCUCAUCCAGCACCAGAGGACACACACAGGGGAGAAGCCCUAUGUUUGCAGGGAGUGUGGGCGGGGCUUUACAGCGAAGUCAGUCCUCAUCCAGCACCAGAGGACACACACAGGGGAGAAGCCCUAUGUUUGCAGGGAGUGUGGGCGGGGCUUUACAGCGAAGUCAGUCCUCAUCCAGCACCAGAGGACACACACAGGGGAGAAGCCCUAUGUUUGCAGGGAGUGUGGGCGGGGCUUUACACAGAAGUCAAACCUCAUCAAGCACCAGAGGACACACACAGGGGAGAAGCCCUAUGUUUGCAGGGAGUGUGGGUGGGGCUUUACACAGAAGUCAGACCUCAUCCAGCACCAGAGGACACAUACAAGAGAGAAGUAAUAUAUUUUCGAAAAGAAUGAGAAAGCCAACAGCAAUAAAACCACAUCUCAACAAUUACAGGAAGACAAAUGUAGUCACUAAACAUCUGUUCUGCUAAAACUUCUAAGGAGUCUACUGAUUUUUAAAACUAGAAUAUAAAAUGACUAGAAAAGGGAAUUAAAUCCCCUUCUUUUUCUUUUCUUUUUCGGUUUUUAAAGACAGAUUUCUCUGUGCAGUCUGGUUGUCCUAGAACUGUUUCUGUAGACCAGGUUGGCCUCAAAAUCAGAGUUGCUAGCUUCUGCCUCCCCAAUACUAGGAGUAAAGCCCCAUUGCAAAUUCUCAUUUUCUUUCUUUUCUUUCUUUUCUUUCUUUUUUUUUUUUUUUUUUUUUGGUUUUUCGAGACAGGGUUUCUCUGUAUAGCCCUGGCUGUCCUGGAACUCACGCUAUAGACCAGGCUGGCCUCGAACUCUGAAAUCUGCCUGCCUCUGCCUCCCGAGUGCUGGGAUUAAAGGCACCUGGCUACAAAUUCUCAUUUUCAAGUGAGAUAAGUUAGAAAGAAAAACAAACGAACAACCCCUCCUCAAAAACAAAACAAACAAAAACAAACUGUUAGGAGCGACCCUGUUUGAAUGUUAGCUGCCUUGUCAGCCAUAAGUGCUUACUUACAAAGUCUUGGCCUUAGUGGAAAAGUAUUAGCUUAGUUGAGAUUUCUGUGGGAAAAAGUUGAGGCCUCUGUGGGAAAGUACUACAUAGAGUUCUGUUCCUCCUGCUGAACUUUUUACCUAGCCAAUAUCCUGCUUUGGGGAACAUGUACGUUCCCCCAGAAACAAAGCGAUUCUGCGUCAUCCCCCUACCCAUACUCUGCUUCUGUGGGCAUAAAACCUGCCUGGGAAUAAUAAAAAUGUGACAGCUUGAUCAGUCA